AUGGAAAGCCACAGAAAGGAAAAUACCAAACACGCAAAUGAAUUGAAGUCAACAGGUUUUCCAAAGUCUGUGUCAGUCAGCUCAAUGUUAAAGAAGGGAAAACUAAUUAACCCGGAAACUGACAAUGUCACACUGAGAAUCGAAGAAUUCUCUAUUGCUGAUGAAAUGAGUUGGCUGGAACCCGUUAAUGUUAACAUGUCCGUACAGCGUAAACCAUUUGCUGAGGGCGCCUUUCGCAAAGCUUACAUGGCAAAGGCCCUUUACAGGUCUUCCCAAAGGGAUUGUGUUUUAAAGAAAUAUAAAAAGAGGAAGUGGAAGGAAUUACAAACUUGUUUGGGUCCAUAG